UUUCAAGCUAAACGCUUCAGUUUGUGAAUGAGCUGAGGAGAGCAUUUCCGGCUUUUUCUCUCUCUGUCGUUUCUGUUUGUUGCUAUUUGCGGAUUUGUUUAUAAUUUUACUGUCUGUAUUCUGAUGUUAUUUCUCAGUCGGAUCAAAGAAAAAGGUUUCAGGACGUGAAACUGUCAUGGAGACUAGAAACCGGCUCGCUGCUCUGUCGUUACUUCUCUCCGCUGUGUCUUCAGUCUGUGUUUGUGUUACCUUCAGCCCUGAAGAGAUCGACCCUCUGCUGUAUGAGGAGCAGCUGCUGUGGGUGAGCGGCGCCCAGGGCCAGGUGAGCACCUACAGGAUCCCGCUGCUCACCUUCACCCCCAAAGGAAGUCUGCUGGCUUUCUCAGAGGGCAGGAAGUCCGCCGCUGCCGACAUAGGAGCAAAGUUCCUAGCAAUGCGGCGGUCCACAGACAAAGGAGCCACCUGGUCCCCGACCUCCUUCAUAGUGGACGACGGAUCGAAGCCGGACGGCCUGAACCUCGGCUCGGUGGUGGUGGACGAGGAGGCGGGCUCAGUGAUUCUGGUCUACUCCAUCUGCUUCCACCUCUACCACUGCAAGCCGUCCAGCACCAUGAUGGUGGAGAGCACCGACGACGGCCUCAGCUGGAGCCCGCCCAGAAACCUCUCGGUCCAGCUCGGGGUCAAAAACUUCGCUCCCGGACCGGGCUUCGGCAUCCAGAAGCGCUACGAGCCGGCGAAGGGGAGGCUGGUGGUGUGCGGUCACGGGACAAUAGCGGGAAACGGAGUUUUCUGCAUCCUGAGUGACGACCACGGGAAGAACUGGUACAACGGCGCCGCGCUGAAAAGCAUCCCGUACAACCAGAAGAAGAAAGCGCAGGACUUCGACCCUGACGAGUGCCAGCCGGUUGAGUUGACGGACGGCAGCAUCGUCAUCAACGUGCGGAACCAGAACAACUACCACUGCCGGUGUCGCGUGAUCGUACGCAGCCGUGACGGCGGCCUGUCUCUGCCCAUAGACGAUCUGUUUUUCGACUACGAGCUGGUGGAUCCUGCAGUCGCAGCCGGAGCUCUGCAGAAAGACGGAGUGCUCUACUUCACCAACCCCGCCAACGAGCAGCACAGAGUGAACCUGACUCUACGCUGGUCGCUGACUAAUGGUGGCUCCUGGGUGAAUAAAGCUGUGCAGAUAUGGGCGGGACCCAGCGGCUACUCCAGCAUCACGUCGCUGGACAGCGGCUCCAUAGAGGACAGGAAGUACAUCUUUGUCAUCUACGAGAAGGGCCACAAGGACUACGACGAGACCAUCUCGUUCGCAAAGAUCCACCUGUAUGGCGGCCGGUAGAGGGUGAGAGGGAGAUUCAAAUGUUGGAGGGAAAGGGAAACAGGAAGCGGUCGUUUACUCCCACGACUUUCUCAGGAAGACAAUUAAAGACUUUUUUUAAACUCACUUUAUGAUACUGAAAAUGGGAAAAGGGGUUGGCUCAGUGACAUGAAUGUCUAACAGUUUGUGUUCACCCUGUGAUAAUCUAAUAAUACAGCUUUCUACUCAUUUCUUAUUUCUUUCUCUUCUCUAAAAUUCCAACACUUGAUGAAGUGACUUUUUCUGUGUUCGGUUUUUCACCAAGUGUGAGUCUCUGCUAAAAAAAAUUGCCAAAAUAGUUUGUGAAUUCCCUGUUUAUAGACAAAACAAGGAUGUGACCAAGCAACAAGGGACAAUAACAUGUUGAAGAUUAAUUUCAGAAGAAAAACAUUUGUUUUCACCAGCUUAAAUCAUACUGUUAUGAAGCAUUGAUUGUGAUGUCACCACUAAGGCUGUAGCUAAUAACUAUGUGCAUUAUUGAUUAGAUGGGAAAUGUUAAACUAUCCUACCAGAGGCUUAAAAUCAUUAUUACCACAUAACUACGAGAGCAAUAAGCAUCCAAGUUUAAUUUUACAAAACGGCUAUAUAGACAGCCGAUUGACCCGCCUACAAUACUGGCAUUAUUGAUCAUACUGAGGGCAAAAUUAUCAUAAAAAUACAAUCAUUAUUGUACAUCUGGAAACACUGUCAAUUAAUUUGACAGCUAUUUUCUCGAUUAAUCAUUUGGUUCAUAAAAUAGUACAAAUGCUAAUGUAUAAAUGUCUGGUUUUGUCACUCCAAAACCCAAAUGUAUUCAGUUUAUUAUAAUUUUGCCUUAAUACAACAAUUAAUUAUCCAAAUAUUGGCAGUCAUUUUUCUGUUGAUCCACUAAUUGAUUGGUUGACAUAUCGUUGCAGCUCUAGGUGCUAAAGUAUAGAGCACGGUGGGAUUUUUGUGUCUUUUCAGCUUUUUUUUUUAAAGAUAAUUUUUUUGGCAUUUUUGCUUUAUUGAAAGUGAUAGAUAGAAAGGGGGAGACAGAGGGGAGGACAUGCGGCAAAGGGACCUCAGGCCGGAUUCGAACCCGGGUCCGCCGCAGGAAGGACUAGGCCUUAAUGGUACGCACUCUACCAGUGUGAGCCACCAGGACGCCCCGAUUAGCUAUUUUUGAAGGAAAAAAAAUCACAGAUGUGGGGAAUAUGGCGGCUGAUAUAAUGAAUUUCUGAGCUGUAAUUAAAAUAGAGCUUUUCUAGACGUCUUUGCACUGAUAUGACUGCAAAGUUAAUCAGAAGGCUGCUUUCUAUUAGAAUAUAGAAUAUUUAACAUUAUUAUACAUACAUUAAAGGAAAAAAAUAUAAGCCCACCCUUGUUUUCUUCAGUUUCUUGUUCAUUGUAAUGCCUGGUACAACUAAAGGUACAUUAUUUUGGACAAAUAUAAUGAUAGCAACAAAAAUAGCUGAUAUUUAACCAUUUUCCAUGGUUUUCUUGAUGAUAACCAAAAUCAUUAUCAAGAAAACCAUGGAAAAUGUCUAGAUAUCAGCUCUUAAAUUAAAUUCUUAUAAGCUACUUGUGUUGUUAUCAUGAUAUUUGUCCAAACAAAUGUACCUUUAGUUUUACCAGGCAUUAAAAUGACCAAGAAAUUGAAGAAAAAGGUUGGUCUAAUAAUAUUUUCCAUGACUGACAAUUACAAAGCAACAACAAAGCCUAGAAAUUAAAACUGAAAAAAAUAAAGGAUCAAUUAAAAUAAAACAAAAAGAUAAAUAAACAGCAGUACUGUAUGUUCGCUAUCAGUCAAUGUUGAUCAUUUAAAUAAAGAAUAAAAUAAAAAUAAAAUAAAAAGCUUAACAACAUUUCUAAAGAACCUCAAGCAUCAUUAUCUGCAAUAUAUGUUGCGUAAAAAAAUGUUAUCAUUUUGGCGCAUAUCAGACAACAAAUAGGUAUGAUAGAUAGAUAUGCUUUUGGUCAAAAUUAAUGAGUGAAUAAAGAAGAAUACAUAUGCCUUUCAGCUGUUUAAAUAAGGUGUUAAUGAAAUAAUUAAAUAUAGAUUUAACCCUUUGAUGCACAACAUAUAAACACCUUAUGCACAACAUGGGUCAAAAAUGACCCGCAUUCAUUCCCCAUGUUAUUUCAUGUGAGCUGUGUGUUUGAAUAUCUUUUUUUUUUAUUACAACAGAUCAUUAUAUCCAUUUUUCCUUUCAUACUUUGUGAAGAAAAAUCCUUUUUUUUAUGUUUGUCUUAUUUUUAAGGUUUAACUUUAAGCUACUUUAAACUUAAGUUGUUAGAAGCAUCAGAUUACAUUGGAAAAUCAUAUAUUUUAACAGUUGAGACUUAUUAGAGCCACCAAAGAAUAAUUUCCAUUGGAAAAACACCAAUUUAACAAAAUAAGAUUUAUAUUUGUAAGUUAAUAUUUGUGUCGUCUUUGUCAGAUUUUAAAUUGGGGAUUGGUGAAUUGGUGACAACAUAUAUACACCUUCUAAUGCACAACAUGGGUCAAAAAUGACCUUGUGCAUUAGAAGCGUAGUAAUAAAAAAAAGGGGUUUUAUUCAAAAACUAAGAAAUGAAAACAAAAAAUUAGGAUGUAUGAUGAUCAAAAACAAGUUAAUUGAGGAAAACCUGGAAUACUGAAUGAUGAAAUUAAUUUAUUGCAAAGGUAUAGAACAUAAAAACCUCGGGUCGGGUCACUAUAGACCCAUGUUGUGCAUCAAAGAGUUUUCAGUAAUUCACCUCAAACUGGAUCACUUGUGUGAAAUAAUGAUUCCUAUUUGCUCAGACAGUUUAAUUUCACACUGAAGUAGCCUGCAUUCAAACCUUAUAUGGGCUGUGCUUGUAAUAAUAAUGAUUGCCUUUAUUAAGAUGCAAGUGUGCCAUGAAUAUAUGCUGAUUAAAACUGCUUCUGCUAUUUAUAAAACCAGAAAUUGUGUAAUAUAAUGUGAAUAGCCUUUUGUUAUGAGACUGCACUUGAAUGCUUUUUCCUGUCGGGGUUGGAGUGGUUUUUGAAAGACAAUAGUUUUAAUUAAAAAAAUUAUAAAAGUGUGUGUGUGUGUGAUUGGAUGUGAGUGAAGAGGUAAGUACAUAAUGUAGCCUAAGUAUCCUCUUGUUGCUCUCAUGCACAAUGUUUUCUGAUAUUUUGUAAUCAGUCUGAACUUCACUCAAAUUUGGAUGUUUUAUUUCCAAAUCAAGUGUCUGUGUAUGUCCUGUAUUAGCAGCAUUGUACACAGGAAUACAUGGUUUUCAUGCAGGACAUUUUCUGAUCUGUACUAUCUGCAGAAUAAAUAAAUGUAAAUAAAUACAUUUCUAGCAAUUGUGAGCACAGCUGA